AUGGAGAAAAUCUCAGUGUCAGCGUUCCUGCUCCUUGUGGCCCUCUCCUAUACGCUGGCCAAAGACACCACCGUCAAACCAGGAGCCAAAAAGGACCCAAAGGACUCUCGGCCCAAACUGCCCCAGACCCUCUCCAGAGGUUGGGGCGAUCAACUCAUCUGGACUCAGACUUACGAAGAAGCCUUAUACAAAUCCAAGACUAGCAACAGACCCUUGAUGAUCAUCCAUCACUUGGACGAGUGUCCACACAGUCAAGCUUUAAAGAAAGUGUUUGCUGACAGCAGGGAAAUCCAGAAGUUGGCAGAGCAGUUUGUUCUUCUCAACCUGGUGUAUGAAACGACAGACAAGCACCUUUCUCCUGACGGCCAGUAUGUGCCCAGAAUUCUGUUUGUGGACCCAUCCCUGACAGUGAGAGCAGACAUCACCGGAAGAUACUCAAACCGUCUCUACGCCUAUGAACCUUCCGACACAGCCCUGUUGCUGGACAACAUGAAGAAAGCUCUCAAGCUUCUGAAGACAGAACUGUAG